CUGCAAAGGACCAGCCCAUGGAUCAUACACAGGGCAUUAAAUUUUGUGGUUGUGGACAAGACAGUGGUUAUAACCUUGUUGAAUGAUUGAGUUUUUGUCACCAGAAUGAUGGAUUCAACCGUGGGCAUUCAUAUGGAACCACUGCAUAAGAGGCCUGAUUUGAUGGAUGCCUGCAUUGACUUGUUGAAUGCUCAGUGGCCUCGCAGCAAAGCAGCCAGACUCCACUCUUUGGACAAAUCUUGUGAUAGCCUGCCUUAUUCUCUUGUGAUGGUUGAUGACAAGCGCGAAAUAGGCUCAGAUCCCAGUGCAGUGAUUGGCUACUGCAGAUUGGCCAAGGUCAUCAGCGUACCCAGCAGCGUGCUUAUUGAAUCAGUGGUUGUCCCCAAAAAUCUUCGAGGUCAAGGCUUGGGCCGGCAGCUGAUGGAGCUAGCUGAGACCCACGCCAAGAUGCAAGGCUUCACAACGAUGUACCUCAGCACCAAAGACAAGCAAGACUUCUAUGCUCACCUGGGAUACGAGUUCUGUAAAGCCGUCAACACGCUGGAUGCACAGAUACUGGAAACCUGUGACCUUUGGCAAGUGGAUUGCGACUCAACUUCCUUGAGUCACGUCUCUUGUUCCAGCGAGUCUGAGUGCCCUUCAAGAGAUGAACAUCCCAGUGCAGGGAGACGGCAAGUCUCUCGAUUAGACGGCGGAUGUCCGAAAGCAGUUGAGGAUAGCUCAGACGAUUCCUGCUCUAAGCCUUCCCCUGAUUCCAAGACAAGUGGAAGCCUACCCAUGAGUCAGUCAGGGGAUGGUGCUCCAUGUGAAACUAAUCUGAGCAUUCCCCCUCCCCCACCUCCGCCUCCGGUUCGAGUGCCUGAGACCCCGCCCAUGGUUGUCUACUGGAUGAAGAAAGAGGUCUCAUGACCAAAAUACACAUGCAUACCGACAUUUGACCCAACAGAACAUUAUGGAAUUUUGCCACGCCAUUACUGUACAGUACAAAUUUUAAGUAGCCUAUUUGAUGCUAAAGUUUGGGUUUUUUGCAGAUUUGUACUAGCAUUAAGAAGUGAAAACCUCUUACUUCAUUCAGAUUGUUUGAUGAAGCAGGUCGUAUAAGCCUAUUGUGUGUGUGAAAUAUGGUUUUUUUUGUUAAAUCCAUGUUGAGGCUAAAUUGCAUCUUUCAAAGACACAAUCGAUACAUACUGCUCCAUUUAUGCAGAAAAAUAAUCUAAAUCUCUUGAAUUCAUUGUGCAAUAAUUAGUCUUCCAUUGGGUGUUUUCUGAAUAAAUAAACUGCAAUAUAACUGA